CAUCACGUCCCCGCCCUUCUCCGACCAGACUGUUUGCGAGGCUCCUCGACUCCAGAAACAGUUCGCAGUAAGAGGUUUACCUGUUCUUAUACUAACGAGAGAAGCUGACGCCUUAACGGUGGACUAUAGACAGCGCCGUGAUUCUUCCUUAUGGAAAUCUAGCUAUUCCUCUACAAGACCCUCAGGCCUAGCGUUUUGGUGUCACAUUCCCAAAGCAACUGAGCCCCGUCAGAGAAUCAGCAGACAUAAAGGCAGCCAAAGGAUUCUUCAUCUUCAGAGGCCAAAAGAUAAGGAAGAAAGGAGGCGUUGAAGCUGGAACACCCACCAUUCUUACUGAAUAAUGGUGACUAUUUGAGAGUGCGUUGAUCUCCGGUCAAGGCCUACAUGCCACUGUGAUCACCAGGAAGUGGACAAAGUAAGGACAACGAUAAAAAAAUAAAAAACACUUUUGUCUGGCAUAUCAUUAAAAGGAGGUGCAAAUCUUAUCACUGAGAGACGAUCCCCUCACACACUGAAUUCUGGGAAACAGAAUGCCAGCCAAGACGCCCAUGUACUUAAAGACUACCACACCCAAGCGGGGGAAGAAGCUCAAGCUGCGAGACGUCUUGUCCAGUGACAUGAUUAGCCCCCCGCUAGGGGACAUGCGCCACAGUGCCCAUGUCGGGCCGGAGGGAGAGGGCGACAUGUUCGGAGACGUGGGCUUUUUGCAGGGCAAGAUAGACAUGUUGCCCGCCCUGAACGGCUUACCGCGCUCCCACAGUAUGGAGAGGCAGCUGGAAGAGGCUUACCCCAUGAACGACAAAGGAUCCAACCACUCUUGUAACAACCACUGCAACCCCUACCACCACUCCACCAGCAUGCUGAAGAGCACCAUCUCCAUGCCUGUGUUCAUCGCCCACGAGCAGGCCCCGCCCAAGCCUCCUCGGCUUCACUUGGAGGACUCAACCGUCCCGUCCCAGCAGCAACAGUACCAACCUCAGCCAAACAACCAUAACCAAAACCAGCAGAAGCAUUACUCUAUUUCUGUGUGUGACCAGGGUGUCGGCUGCUACAUGGACCCCUGCCACAACCUUAGCUACUCUGCCUCCUUCAGGCACCUGGUGCCCUCCUCCGGCUCCUUCUCAGAGGUUUCCUCAGAGGACUCCAUGUCAGAGAGCUGUGGCCCCCUGGACCCUCGGAGGGGGCUGAGCCUGGAUUCAGACGCUGGCCUGAGCAAUGAGGACCUUGGGAGCGAGCGGAGUGAGUCGCCCACCGUGUGCCCUAGGUUCUCUCCCGGCGUCUCCCGCUCAGAGUCCCUGAUGGGCUUGGAUCUGGACCUGGGGCCGUCCAUCCUGGAGGACGUGCUGAGGAUCAUGGACCGCUACAAGAGCAUUGAUGACCGCUGUGAGUUGUGAGCAGAGGGAGGAAAGGGGCUUAGACACUGCUGUGCAGAGAGUUGUCUGGGACACUUUAAUUGCCAUCCUGCAUAUAGCCUAAUGAUGAUUGGGCUGGUCCAACAAACAGGCAGAGACAGAGGAUAGUGCCAGGACUGACGGGCACAAACGCUGGGACUGGGACUAUAUAAUAUCCAGACUGGAUACACAGCAGCUUCAGAACCAACCAUUUGUCUUUUGAUAUUCAGAUUCACAAUGGUGGAGAGACAAUAAUUUCUCCCACCCAAAUGCUGCCUACGUUUUCACAGACUAUAAUUUUACAUGUUUUUCAGCAUUUCACUAUUGUUAGGGUACAUAAAUCAUACUUCACUAACUCCCUAAGUAAGCUCUGUAGUUUUCUGAUAGGAUGAAACGUAGUUGCCUAAAAAUACAAUUUAUGUGCUUUUGAUAUUCUUCCAGGCACACAUUUAAAAAAAUUCUGUGUGUACCUCUGUGAGGAAUUUUACUGUUUUAUGUCAGGACAACACUGUCAAGAAUGGAGUAUUCUAUGUAUUAGGUUGCCAUCUAGUGGCAGAAGUAAUGACAUCCAAAAUGCAACCGUUCUAGCAGGGCAAAAAGGUCAAUGUUUUUUUUGUGCAUUAGAAUCAAAGUAUCAGAAAUGUGCAGCUUCUUCAAAAUCCUUUAAAUAUAGUGGGAUGACCAGAGAAAGUUCAUAUUUUGUAACAGCGGUGCAAUUUCUGGACUUGCAUCAAAUCCUUCAGCAUUUUAUUAUAUUGUGUUGAUAUAUUACAUUGUAUUUCAAAUUGUUAUGUACUGUAUAUUACUGUAAUGUAUUAAAUAAAUAUGUAAAUUAGA